AUGGCGGAUAAAAUCGGCCCGCCAACGGCCUGGUAUCAUGACAGAGAGUUCGACCACCCAAAGGGACCGGUGUUAGGCCUACUCAACUCUAUCCAAACUGUGGGAGCUAUGGUGGCUUUGCCCCUCAUCGGCUGGCUCGUCGACAAAGUUGGCCGUCGCAAGGCUAUCGCGUUCGGCGCCUCCUGGACUUGCCUUGGCGCUGUUCUUCAGGGUUCCUCCAAGCACAUCGCACAGUUCGUCAUCUCCCGAUUUCUCAUCGGCUGGGGCCUUGCAUUCACCGUGGUGGCUGCACCGUCACUUCUGGCCGAACUGGCUUUACCGAAACACCGAGGAACAAUCCUGUCAUAUUUCCCGACGGCAUGGUAUACCGGGGCCAUCAUCGCUGCCUGGACCACGUAUGGGACUCAGUUCAUUCAGAACUCGUGGUCAUGGCGGAUUCCUAGUCUUCUGCAAGCUGCUCCCGCUAUAAUCCAGAUCGCGUUGAUCUGGUUCGUGCCCGAGAGUCCCCGGUGGCUAGUCUCGAAAGGUCAAGGGGCGAAAGCUAAGGAGGUUCUUACCAAAUAUCACGCGAAUGGUGAUGCUACGAAUCCCAUUAUUGAACUUGAAUAUCAACAGAUCAAGCAAGCGAUUCUCCAGGAUGCUCAGUAUCGACGCCAGGGAAGCUACGCGGAUCUUAUUCGGACCAAGCCGAAUAGGAGGCGUCUUAUCAUUAUCACAUUCUGCGGUCUUUUCCUGGAGAUAUCGGGAAAUGGCCUAGUUCAAUAUUACCUCCAUUCUGUUCUCAACAGCAUUGGCAUUACCAAAACUAUCGAGCAAACCACUAUCAACGGCUGCCUCUCUAUUUAUAACUUUGUCUUGGCCGUUGGCGCAUCAUUCUUUGUCGAGAGAGUCGGUCGUCGAAAGCUGUUCCUGAUUUCCACCACCGGCAUGUUUUUAGCCUUUAUUCUCUGGACAACCUUUGCCGCAUUGUAUACCACCCAUGGUACUCAAAACUUUGCUGUUGGCGUUCUCGUUUCCAUCUUCCUCUCGAACGGCGCAUACGAUGUCGGUUGGACCCCUCUCUGGGCAUACCCGGCGGAACUCCUCCCGUAUGAGAUUCGAGCCCGUGGCGUUGCCUACCAGACCGGUAUCAUGCAUGCCGCUGGCUUCUUUUCGACCUUCGUAAAUCCAAUCGGACUCCAGAACGCUGGUUGGAAGUACUAUAUUGCCUAUAUCGUUUAUACAUUCCUUGAGCUCAUUGCCGUGUGGUACUUCUUCGUUGAAACGCGCGGCUACACUCUUGAGGAAAUCAGCACCAUCUUCGAGACUGAGGGGCUUACCUGGAAACAGAGGCGUAAUCUCAAGCCGCCCACCUCACUUCAGGAUUCGAGUUCGGUCGAGGAGCAGGGGGAGACGCCGAAAAAGUCGGAUGUGAUCGUUUCUAAAGAACAGUUGUGA